AUGAUCGCCCGGCGAAUCUGCGAAAUCGUGCACGGUCAGCAAGCGGGCCUUUUAUCGAUACUUUUGAUGGGCCGGUCCGCAAUUGGGCCGAUGUGGUAUUUAGGAGGCAGCGGCCGCCGCAGUAACCGCCGGGGAUCGGUGCGAGCGGAAGAUGACGCAGAAGGGAAAUCUGUUCAAGGGCUUGCAGAAGAGGAGAGCCAUCCCUCCCAAUCGCCAUGGGAAGACUUCUCAAACCCGGAAAGGGAAGAAGUUCUUGAAGCCGUCCAAGAUAUCCAAGGAGAUGGAAGCGGACCGAAACUGAGCAAGUUCAUAAACCACUGCAACAAGAACUGAGCAAGGCUGCAACGGCUGCUAGCAAGGAGGGUGGUCAGCUUAGCAUUCUGAAACUUGAAACAAAUGCUUCUGCUCCUUCCAAGACACAGGAAGAAAAGCUUGAACACUGUUGUCAAAACUAGUUUUGUUGUGAUUUUAUUAUUAUUAUUAUUAUUUUUUGUGUGUAAUGAUUUCAGAAAAUGACUUUGUAGACCUUUUUGAAAUAUAUUAUAGCAGUUACUUUCUUUUUGA